GUAGAAUUAUACUAGUAAUACGGAAGUAAUAGACUUUCUUUGUUAAGAAAAAGUUUGUAUUUAGUUGUUUGUUUCAUGUUGUGUUCUCUCUCUGUAGGUUUUCUUUCAGCAGACAUGGCAGCAGCUGCAGUUAUCUCAAACCAGAAUGUGGUGGAGAGGGUGACCAGCCUUCCUCUGGUGAGCUCCACCUACGACUUGGUGUCCAGCGUGUACUCCAACACCAAGGACACCCACCCCUACAUCAGGACCGUGUGUGAGGCGGCUGAGCAGGGCGUGCGGACCAUCACCUCUGUGGCCUUCACCACCGCCUCCCCCAUCAUUGACAAGCUGGAGCCUCAGAUUGCCAUUGCCAAUGACCUGGCUUGUAAAGGUUUGGACAAGAUUGAGAGAACGUUGCCGAUUCUUCACCAACCAUCUGAGCAGAUCGUCUCCAGUGCCAAGGAUGUGGUAACUACGGCUAAAGGCGUCGUGACAGACCGAGUGUGCGGUGCCAAGGACACGGUCUCAGACACUCUGACCAGCGUGGUGGGCGCGGUGCAGGAUAGGAUGGAUAAGACUCGGGCUGUUGUUGGUGGGAGUGUGAGCACAGUGCUGGAGAGCAGAGUGGCCCGGCUAGUGAGCAGCGGGGUGGACUCGGCACUCAGCACGUCUGAGAGUCUGGUGGAGCAGUACCUGCCUCUGACGGAGGACGAGCUGGAGCCGGAGGCAGAAACGGUGAAAGGCUUGGACCAGAUGAAGCCGAGCUACUACGUCCGCCUGGGUUCCCUCUCCACCAAGCUCCGGAAGCGUGCGUACACCAGGGCCGUGGCCAAAAUCAGAGACAGCAAGCAGCGAAGCAUGGAAUUCAUCUCGGAGCUGAACUCCACUGUGGACCUGAUUGAAUACGGCAGAAAAAACAUUGACGGGGUUAACCAGACGGUGACGGACAAGCUGAACUCCCUGGUGGCGUGGAAGUCCAACGGUCCAAACCAGCAGAGCGGUCACGAGGCAGAGGUCAUCGAGUCCCGCACCUUGACUCUGGCACGCUCCCUCACGCAGCAGCUCCAGACCACCUGUCUGGUCCUCGUCUCCAGCCUGCAGGGCCUCCCCAACCACAUCCAGCAGGAGGCGCUCUCCCUCAGCCGCGCCGCCACACAGGUCUACAGCGGCUUCAGCAAAGCCAAUGCUCUGGUCGACCUGCCAGAUAGUGUGCUGACCAGCAGCAAAGUCCAGCUGGGCAAAAUGAAAGACUCCCUUGACAACGUCAUGGAUUAUCUGAUCAAUAACACGCCACUCAACUGGCUGGUCGGUCCCUUUUACCCCAGGAUGACCCCGUUGCCGGCUCGCGCCCAGGUUUCUGCUGCCAGCAGCACACAAGCUUCGUGCUCCAGCUCUGGCUACACGCAGUCACAGCGCCAGGAGCCCAUGGAAGUCGAGAUGCAGUCACUACAUAAGGAGCAGCAACAGUGAUCAUUACAGCUUCACGUUCGGAGAUUUAAGUAACAUUCUGCUUUGUCGGCGAACUCUCCUUUAGCGCAAUAUCAAACAAUGUUAUUUUAUAAUUCUUGCUGAAAUCACAUUUUUAUUUACUGGCCAAUCCAGCAAAACAUAAUC